AUGGAUCAGAUAUUCAACAAGGUCGGAACCUUUUGGUUCAACCAGAAAGCCACCAACCAGCUCAAUUCUGUUGGUGACGACAUCAAUUCAAUAUCAAACAGUAUUGAAGGGGGGACCAAAUGGUUGGUCAACAAAAUAAAAGGAAAGAUGCAGAAGCCAUUACCAGAGUUGCUAAAGGAGUAUGAUCUACCAGUAGGAAUCUUUCCACGUGAUGCAACAAACUAUGAAUUAAAUGAAGAGACUGGGAAGCUUAUUGUUUACAUUCCUCAAUUUUGUGACGUAGGCUACAAGGAUUCAUCAGUCUUUCGUUUCUUCACCACUGUGACCGGUUAUCUGGAGAAAGGAAAGCUAUCAGAGAUAGAAGGAAUAAAGACAAAAAUAUUGAUCUGGAUGAAAGUGACAACCAUUUCAACGGAUGGAUCGAAGCUCUAUGUGACAGCUGGAAUGAAGAAAACAAGGAGUAGGGAUGCAUAUGAGGUUUCAAGAGAUGGUAUAUGCAUAGAUAAGUUCUAA